AUAAAACGUUUACGUUAAAUUAAAAUGGUUUGUCAGUAAUUAGAUUCUUCAGAUUCUAGUUGUUAUUGUUAUUACUUUGGGUGUUUAGGUUCUGGCCUAGUUAUCAUGAGAUGACGUAUCACCAAUUUUGUAUUCAUUUGUGAUUUUGUGACAUAAUAACGAUAAUGAAAUAUUAUUUCUCAUUAUUGCAACCGCGCACACUUGAGGUUUUCUAUGGCUGAUGUAAUUUCCUUCAGUGCCACGAAUUGGCGGAAUCAUUUAUCUGCUUGCUGUGUUUCCGGGGGACAAGUUUUGUGCUGGACUUCACAUGCUCCACUGGUUUACUUCGUUUCAUUUCACUGAACCAUGCCGACUGAUACCAAACGUGUACGCGGCCCAGAAGUGUCUCAAAGUCCGUCUUUGUUUUUGUGCAAACCGGCGGCCUCGCACGGCCCUAGAGCGGACGGUCGGCAGCGGGAUCAAGUGGACGUCCGGCCUGUUUUUGUCCGGUGCGGGCUGGUGAGCCAGGCCAAAGGGUCCGCGUACAUCGAGGCUGGAAACACCAAGUUGAUGUGCUGCGUUUACGGCCCCAGAGAAACAGAGCGGAAAGAUGAGACCGAUAUGAAAUGUGGAAGGUUGACUACUGACAUGCGUUUUGCUCCAUUUUCCUGCCCGGAGAGGGGCUCCUGGAUUCAGGGGAGCCAGGACAAGGACCUCUCCCUGAUGCUGCAUGAGAGUCUGCAGCCAGCUGUGUGCCUCCACAAAUAUCCCCGCUCUCAGAUCGAGGUCAACGUGAUGGUUCUUGAGAACAGCGGUUCAGUUCUGGCCCAUGCAGUCACAUGCGCUUCUCUCGCUCUCGCAGAUGCAGGGAUUGAAAUGUAUGAUCUGGUGCUUGGUUGUUCCAUCCGCCAGGAUGGCGCCUCUUAUGUGGUUGACCCUUCUUACACGGAGGAAAACAGCUGCAGCUCAGUCAGCAGCGAUAACCAGGGCGGUCUGACUGUUGCGUUCCUCCCCAGCCUGAACCAGAUUUCUGGGCUGCAGUCAGAUGGAGAAAUGACUGAAGAGACUCUGACAGCUGGGGUUCGGACCUGCAUUGAGGGAUGCUAUAAACUGUACCCGGUCAUCCAACAAGCCCUGGCCAGGGCUGUGCGCAGGGCUGCUCCCCCACCAUCAGAGAGCUGAGAGGGACCAAUGACUGCUCAGUUCUGUUUUUCUGGUUUACAAUUUCCAGUCCUUCCUUUAACAACAUAACCUAUUUUUCAAUGUUUGCUAUUAUGUUCUUUAAAUGAAGACUGAUUUACCUGUGUUUUCUUAUUAAAUCAUUUAACAGUGCACUUAUAUGGUAUAGUCUGGAUUUGGGGCUUGAAGCUUCAAAUUUGCCUGACAUUUGAAAGGAAAAUAUAGGCAAGAGCAUACUUUGUAGAUUAGAUUGAUGAGAUUGCUCAUCUGGGAUAGUUCCUGAAUGUAUUGUCAUGAAGCAACCUACUAAGUGCAAAAAUAACUAAAUAAAUGAGCAGACCUCAUAUAAACAUCCCAGAUGGAUUUUGUCAACAAAAGGUCUCCAAUACAGUAGGGCUGGUGCUCUGUUGUAGUUUUGCUGGAGGUUAGGGUUUAAGACCGGUUUAAACCUGUGUUGUCUGGAAUAAAGUUGCAUGGCCUCUGAAA